GUGUACUGUUUGAGAGUUGCGCAAGACUAAAAAAAUGUAGCUUUGUUUGUUGAUCUCCUGUAUUGAAAACAGAUAGACCCGUCUUCAAUUUGAUCGAUUAUUAACGUUUACAAAUACCUUAAGUUGUAUUACAAAAGUACUUUGAAAUGUUUUGGCAAAGUUUAGAGGUAAUUUUUGAGAUAUUGUGUAGUGACUUUGCGCAAAUUGGAAGCUGUUUUUUUCUGGAUCAAAGGCGCCAAAUAAAUGGACAAUUUGUAUAUAUAUGGAAGGAAUUAAUCGAACAAAAGGACCAUUUGUGAUGUUCAUGGGACAUAUUGGAGUGCCAACAAAAGAAUCUUGUCAAAGAAAAAACGUCAGAAAGCAAAUUCAGUUGAUGUGGAGCAGAAGACAAGAAAGAAGAAGGAGAGGGGCACUUCAUCCCCCUCUCCAAUUCCAUCUGACCAUUCUGAACAGAAUGGCUUCGCCACCUCUGAUCCCUCACCCUCUGAUCAACUCUCCUCCCUCCAUCCACCUCCCUCUCCUGUUAAAUGUUCCUCUCAGCCUUGCUCUCCUGCUAAACAGCCCUCUGUACCCCGGUCACCUGCCAAACACCCUUCCCCAGUGAAAUCCUCUCCAGUGGUGUCCCAUCCUAGUUCUCCCUCUCCUACCAACCCUCUGGACUGUCAUGGAGACACCAGCCAGGAGGGCACAACAGUCAGACCUCUGUCUCUUCAGGAACACUCUAGCCCAAGACCCCAGAGGCCAGUCUCAGCCACCAGAAGCACGACUCUUCCGAGGGCCAGCUCAGCCACCAGAAGCAUGACUCUUCCCAGGGCCAGCUCAGCCACCAGAAACAUGACUCUUCCGAGGGCCAGUUCAGCCACCAGAAGCAUGACUCUUCCCAGGGCCAGCUCAGCCACCAGAAGCAUGACUCUUCCCAGGGCCAGUUCAGCCACCAGAAGCAUGACUCUUUCAAGGGCCAGCUCAGCCACCAGAAGCAUGACUCUUUCCAGGGCCAGUUCAGCCACCAGAAGCAUGACUCUUCCCAGGGCCAGCUCAGCAACCAGAGGGCCAGAAGAGACCCAGGGGGCCAGAGGAGAACGGGGGGCACUGGUCAACAUGGAACUUCUUGGGUUGCCUAACAUUGGCAACACUUGCUUCCUUAACGCCACCCUGCAGUGUCUCCUGGUCCUGCCGUCCUUCUCAAAGGAAAUCCUGCACCAGGAACAACUCUGGAGCUCCUCCCCCUUCUCCAACCUGCUCAGGUGUCUGUCUGAUGUGCACCGUUUGAGUCUACCUGACAGUGUGGCAAACCAGGCCUCAAAAGCAGACUUCAUGUGGAAGGUCAAGUACUCCUUGUCGGGAUACGAUUUGAAGUAUCUGGAGGACACGCAACAGGACGCACACGAGUUACUAGUGAACAUGCUGUGCCAGCUGAAGGAGGAGGGCAUGAUACUGAAGACACUCGGGGUGAACUAUUCCUGCCCUGUUUCUCAGCUGGAGUUCCAGCUUGUGUCGGUGCGCACAUGUACCAGCUGUGGGCGCGAGUCGUCCACCAGAGAGGACUACAACCACCUCUCAUUGGACUUCAGCCCUGAGCGCACCUUGCUGAGCAGCCUAGCACUCACUUUCAAAGGUGAAAAGGUUGAAUUCACAUGUGAGGGCUGUAAAGGUCUCCACGCCUUAAUGGUGGAGCAGUUCCACACACUGCCUCUUGUGCUGGUUCUGCAUCUGAAGAGGUUUGGAGGACCUGGGGGGUUGGAGAAGCUGGAGGCUCCUCUUUUGUUUCCUUCGGAGUUGAGGCUCUCCACCCUCUGUGGGGACAUGGUGCCACACCUGCACAGUGCCAGCCCACAGGCCCUCACCAACCAGGCCCCCAGCAUCCAGGGGUCCAUCCCCCAGGCCCUCGCCAGCCUAGUCUCCAGCCCACCUGGAGAGGCCAAAGACGGGGCCCUCUGUUGUUCAGAAGCAGCAGCCAGUGCAGUCAGUGAAUGGUUACUACCAGCUGACUGGCGUAGUCUCUCAUUUGGGAGGCUCCGCAAACUCCGGGCACUACAUUAGUGACAUCUUGCAUGCCAGUGGAAACUGGUUCUGCUGUAACGACAGCCAGGUGUCAAUGUCCAAUGAAGCCACUGUGCUGAGGACCAGAGCCCGGAGUGCCUACAUGCUCUUCUAUAUGUUCAGGUACUGCUGACUCUCGCCAUCUAUGUUCUUGUGUUGCUAUUUAUGUGUACGGUUCAUUUUACCCUACAGGGCAAGAGAGCGGGAGGCCCCAGCACACAGGGCCUAACAGGGCCACCAGCAUCAGCCCCAGCCUAAACAGGGGCAGCACCUGGACAGCCUCCAAAAACUCAGACCUGCCUCAACAGUGGUGGUACCAGGCCCAGCCUCAAACCCCCCAGCCCAGCCUCAACAAAAGCAGCAUUUGGACCAUUUUCAACACCCCCAGCCCACAACAUGGGAAGAACCAGGCCCAGUCUCAACAUGGGAAUAACCAGGCCCAGUCUCAACAUGGGCAGAACAAGACCCAGCCCCAACAACCUCAGACCUGCCUCAACAGGUGCAGCACUCGGCCCAACUUCAAUCAUGCGGCUCAAGGGAGACUGGCUCUUCAACACUAGCAUCAACAUUCUUUCAGUAGCUUAUGUCAUAAAUACCUGCCCGUGAUUUGACUGCUUCACCUAAUGUAUAAAUCUCAUGUAAGAAAACGUAUGAAGUAUACACACUAAAUGUAGUACACAUGUAAAUGUGUUGGAUAGAGUGUGUGAUUAUUUAGAGGGUACAUCAUCCCUUCUAUUUGGUUUGGUUGAAAUCCUCCUGUUGUGAAAUACACUUUGGUGUAUAACCUCUUAUUCAGCAUGGUCACACCGGAGGACCUGCAAUAUUCAACAUUGAUCCAUGUCGGGAGAUGACUUGUGCAUGCCAUGCAAUUUUAAUAAAGACAAACAAAUUUAAGAUAAUCCAAUUUAAGAUGAUUCUGUUAACCGUUGUAACUCUUUAACUCAGGUAGCUUUAUCGUAUUCUAUUCUUAUUUACAAUAAAAGUGACUCCAAAGUUACACAA